AUGGCCAUAGCUAAGCUGGAAUUGCAAUUUUCUUCAACAGCUUCACAAGGUUGUGAAUUUCCAGCCAAAUGGACAGGUGUCUGGUUUCAGAAAGGAGUACAUCCGCCCAUUAAAAUAGAGAAGGAUCUGUUUUCUCUAAAAGGAAAGUGCUUAGCAGCCGAUAGCCACAUGUUUUACAUUGAAGACGCGAAAGAAAAGUGUUUUCGGUGUGUUGUAAUAUAUGAAAAACAUCCUAAUGUUUUACAGUACAGAGAAACCUAUUGUGAUGGUUACAAGUCCCUCCAUCAAGCAUGUUCCACAAUAAAUGCUGAUGCACCACUUUUUUCACUUUUUCGGGUGGAUGCAGAGCCUGUGUCUUGUCAACUUCGAGGGCCCUUUACUUUCACAUACAGCCGAGGCCACGGUGAAUGCCUUUACCCUUUGUCCUACAUUGAUACUUGUACAGACGACUCUAGAUUAUUGUUUAGGUUUCAAGCAUGUGCUGAUGUAAUUGGUACGGAGAGUUCCGUUGAACAAUUAAGUUGUUUAGCUGUCUGGAAAGAAGGUUCUGCACAUUAUUUAGUUGGAAAGAUGUCAAAUGAAAAACACUAUAACAGGCCCUUUACGGAUGAUAAUGCUUAUCGCUGUUUUGUUUUUGAUUAUUUACCAGAAAAGGGUGGAAUUCAAAUGUCACAAUCAGCUGAUGCAACUUGCGAUGGUCUGGUAUCUCCAUGGGAAGGAUCUAGAACAAUGAAAUUAAACAAAAGCAAACAUCCAGUUCCCAGUUGCUCUUUCCCGUCGUGGGUGACUACAUCGCAUCGAUGGCACACUUUGGACGGAAAGAGACUUUACACGUUCAGCCAUAAAAACACGUCCUUUAAAAUAACACAUCUUCACGAUCCAGUGGAUACGAAGUUCAUUUGCAUAGAAGACGUAUCUGUUACUCCGAACACAAGCACGUUCAUUACAUACAGUAUGUCCGGAUGCAAAAAUGGAUACGUUUGUAUGAAAAUUUAUCGAAGACACAGACACAUAAUUGAAAUUCAGUUUGGUGAUUUGGCGCGGAGUCCUCAAGAAGCCUGUCACAUGAUCUCCCCAGAUGUUUAUAACGGCCAAGAGUUUGUGACAUUAGUAGCGAAUUCAGCUACAUCAUCUGGGUGUCCUCAAUUAGUUGAAACAAACGGACUUCGAGUUCAAAUGGGUAAACUUGCUUCAUCAUCUUUCCGACCAGAACUAUGCCAUGAUUCGUCUGCGCGGAUUGUUGGUUGUCGUUCCACUGACUCUAUAGAAUUCCUUACUAGCUGUGCAUCCUUUACAGAUGUUAAAAGUUUUCAUUGCCAUGGCGAUUGGGAAGAAAAUGGCAGAAGCUAUCUCGUUACAGGAUUACGGAAUACGAAGACAAAAUAUUGCUUUGUGUAUUGGACCAAUGACAAAACUACACAUCUAUCUGGAAUUCACGACACAUGUAGGAGAACAAUUGAACCUGGAGUAACCGGAAACUUCACCUUCAAUAUUUCAUCAGCAGGACUUUGUGACAGUUUACUGAAUGGAAAUUACAUCGGCCGUGGCUCCAGCGUUAUCUUCUCUUCCGGCAGUCUUGUUUUCAUUGUCCUGCUGUCCUUUGUCCUGAUUCGGUGACAACUACUGUAAACGGCAGAUCCUGAGAUUAAAAAAUGGGAUUUGUAAUGAUGGAGGUGACUUUAAUUAAGCAUCUCACAGUGCCUAGUCAUGUGGAGGAGGACUUUGUAAAUUGCUUGAAAAUAAUACUAUAGCGACCAAAUUUUUAACUGGACUGACAACUGAUUGCGCAUGUCAAUAACAUAAACCAGCGAUCAAGAAUGAGGGAGCAAAGGUUUCAAGAGGGAAACAUUUAUUUCUCUUUGCAUUUAUGUUUGUCAUAUUUAUUUGCAAUGUAACCACGGUUAGAAUUUUUAAUUUAUUCAAAGGAGAGUCAAAGUGGUAAAUGUUAAGCUACGUGAUCUUUCGUUUAUGAAGGCGAAGAAAACAUAAUUUUGCAACCCUGCGAGGAAAGAAACAUAACUCAAAAAAAAAAAAAAAAAAAAAAAACAGCCUUUUAAAGAAUCACUGUUUAACGCAAUGGUAGUUGAAAACAAUUUAGCCUCAAAUAUUAAUGUGCGCAAAAAAUUAUAAUGUUAUGCUUACUCGUUGGUAUAUGCUGUUUAAAUUAAUAAUGCACACCUAAAGUUCGAUAUUUUUCUUUCUAAAUUAUGAAAUCAUAAAUGUGUUUCAUUAUUGAUUAUAUCAGGGUUACGCCACAAUGGACCAAAUAUAUGUCAACUUUGUGGAAAUAUUUUGGCAGAAAAGAGCAUUAAAUUUA